AAUCUCCUGGACAUGAUGGUCGCAGAGGAGGAGAGCCUGAAGGAGCGUCUCUUGAAGAGCAUCGCCAUGUGUCGGAAGGAGCUUGACCUCCUCUGCAGGGAGCUCCAGCUGGACCCCUUUGAGGCAGAGGAAGAAAGUACCAUUCUGCAGAUGGAGAAGAAUUUGCGCACUCGUGUGGAAGUGCUGUUAAAGCAGAAAAAAGACAGGAAGCAGGAGCUGAAAACCCUGCAAGAACAAGACCAAGACUUGUGUGACAUCCUCUGCACAACCCCGUUCUGCAUUGACAGCGAUGCCGUGCCCAGCCUGGAAGACCUGGAUCGCUACAGGCGCCACUUGGCCUCCCUGACCGCCGAGAAGGAGCAAAGGCGAGAAAAGUUUGUCAGCAGCAAGAGGCAAAUCAUCCUCCUCAUGGAGGAACUGGACCACACUCCAGACACAAGCUUUGAGCGGGACGUGGUGUGCGAGGACGAGGAAGCCUUCUGCUUGUCCACGGACAACAUCGCUGCCCUCCAGAAUCUGCUGCAGCAGCUGGAAGCCCAGCGGUCCCUGAACGAAGCUGUGUGCACAGAGCUGCGCUCCAGGAUCAUUGCGCUUUGGGAAAGGCUGCAGGUUCCUGUGGAGGAGAGAGAGUCUUCUGCGGUGCACAUGACUGGGUCCAGAGCCAAAACCAUGAAAGCUCUGCAGUUGGAAGUGGAUCAGCUGGAGGAGCUGAAGCUGCAGAACAUGAAAUCUGUGAUUCAGGCAAUCCGGGCAGAGCUGGCUGACUACUGGGACAAAUGCUUCUACAGUCAGGAGCAGAGGGAAGGCUUCAGCCCCUAUUAUGAUGAGGACUAUACAGAGACCCUGCUUGAGCUCCACGAUGCUGAGGUGGGGAAGAUGAAGAGCUACUAUGAAACACACAAAGAUCUGUUUGAGGCCGUCCAGAAAUGGGAGGAGAACUGGAAGCUCUUUCUGGAGCUGGAGAGAAAAGCAACUGAUCCCAGUCGCUUUGCCAACCGUGGGGGCAAUCUGCUGAAAGAAGAGAAGCAGCGAGCAAAGCUGCAGAAGACGCUUUCUAAGCUGCAGGAGGAGCUGGAGAGCAGGGUCCAGGCCUGGGAGCAGCAGCACGAGGGGUCCUUUCUGGUGAAGGGGCAGCAGUUCAUGGAGUAUGUGACGGAGCAGUGGCAGCUGUACCGCCUGGAGAAAGAGAAGGAGAAACAGGAGCGGCACCUGAAGAAAAGCCGCCAGAUCGAGACGGAGAUGAUGUACGGAAGCACCCCACGGACACCCAUCAAGCGUCGGGUGCUCGGCUCCCAGACGCCCAGCAAAGUAAGGAAGCUCAACGGCACUUCCAUCUCCAGCGCCACACCCAACAACACUGUUCGUUCAGCUUUUGGGGGAACCAUCUACCACUCGCCAACGUCUCGGUUGCCGCCUUCCGGAGGGAAGUUCGGCCAGGCUCGGACCCCCAGCCGUGUGGCUGCGAAGCCCCCCCGUCACGGAUACAGGGAGCGGAACAAGGAGAACAUGUCGCAGCUGAACGGAACCACCCUGAGCGGUGGGUGCACCCCCCCAGCCCCUGCCCAGCGUAACCACAGCGUUAAUUCUGUUGCCAGCACCUAUUCUGAGUUUGCG